GAUCGCACGGAGUUGAAGUCUGCAGCGAAUCCCACCCAGGACUGGGGGGGGAUCGUGCCCCGUGGGGGGAUUGUGCCCCGUUCGAAGACAGUGGGUGAAGCGGGAAGGGAGCGAGGCUUCCUUUCUGCCGGACUGGCCGCUCUCGCUCCCUUUGCUUCCCGUGGGACCGAUGCUGUUUGAGGCUGGGACUGCACGUUCCCCGGGCCAAAGAUCUGCAGGAGCUGAGGAAGUGCACUCCUUUCACACCGGAUGGAUAUGAGAAGAGCAGCUUUGCAGAUAGAGCUCCCCAACUGAGUACCAUGUGAAGGUCUGACAGAGCCCCUUGAUUCGUGGGAUAGGAGAGACGUCCCUCUUUCAGUCCAGAAGGGGAAAAUUCUUUGAACAUUUUUGUCUGCUUCAGUAGGCUCUUAAAGUAUCGUCUUUACCUGAACCACAGGGGCACGUGCCUGAGCCAGUUUGCCCACUGUGGGGAAAGGAAGUCUCAGGAGGCAUUCCGCGCGCCAUGGAGAAACCGUGGAAGUGUGGGGAUUGCGGGAAAGGAUUCCACUACGCAUCCGAUCUGGAGAUCCACCGCCGUGUCCACACCGGGGAGAGGCCGUUCAGCUGCUCGGUGUGCGGCAAGGGCUUCUCUGACUCGUCCACCCUGCUGACCCACCAGCGGGUCCACACCGGGGAGCGGCCCUUCACCUGCUCCGUCUGCGGCAAGGGCUUCACCCAGUCGUCCAACCUGCUGACCCACCAGCGGAUCCACACCGGGGAGCGGCCCUUCACCUGCUCCGUCUGCGGCAAGGGCUUCACCCAGUCGUCCAACCUGCUGACCCACCAGCGGGUCCACACCGGCGAGGUGGCCUUCACCUGCUCGGUGUGCGGCAAGGGCUUCCCUCACUCGUCCACCCUGCUGCGGCACCAGUGGGUCCACACCGGGGAGCGGCCCUUCACCUGCUCCGUCUGCGGAAAGGGCUUCCCUCACUCGUCCGCCCUGCUGUCCCACCAGCGGGUCCACACUGGGGAGAGGCCGUUCAGCUGCUCUGUCUGCGGCAAGGGCUUCACCCAGUCGUCCAGCCUGCUGACCCACCAGCAGGUCCACACCGGCGAGGGGGCCUUCACCUGCUCGGUGUGCGGCAAGGGCUUCCCUCACUCGUCCACCCUGCUGCGGCACCAGCAGAUCCACACCGGGGAGCGGCCCUUCACCUGCUCCGUCUGCGGCAAGGGCUUCCCCCACUCCUCCGGCCUCCAGAUCCACCAGCGGGUCCACACCGGGGAGCGGCCCUUCACCUGCUCGGUGUGCGGCAAGGGCUUCACCCGGUCGUCCAACCUGCUGACCCACCAGCAGGUCCACACCGGGGAGCGGCCCUUCACCUGCUCGGUCUGCGGCAAGGGCUUCACCCGCUCGUCCCGCCUGUUCUCACACCAGCGAGUCCACACCGGGGAGAGGCCGUUCACCUGCCCCGAGUGCGGCAAGGGCUUCACCUGCUCCUCCAACCUGCUGUCGCACCGGCGGCUUCACAGCGGCGAGCGCUCGACGUCGCGGACAUGGGCAGCGUUCCCGAGCCCCGCUCCGGAACGGGCUGUUCCGUCCUCUUCCAGCCCCCGGGAGGGGAACGGGCAGCUUGAGUGCAUUGGGAGAGUGGGCCGUUCACCGGGAGGGUGCCAACGGGACGGGAGAGCGGUACAGAAAGCUAUUAAAACCCACAACAUCCACGAGCAAGAUGCUGAGGGUGCACAAUUCAGCCAAGAGGUUUGUUACUUCUGGGAACUAAAGGAUCCCAAGAGUAAGGCUACCGUUGGCACGGUCAAGACAGAACUUGCCCAAACUACAGUGGCUAAACCUAAACCCAGGAUUCAAAGUAGACCUUUCCGUCUGCAAGGUCAGUCAAGCGAACAAAUGAAACCCUCAUACUAUCGUCCAGUGGCUGGCGAGGGGAGCAGGGAACACAUUCGCCCCGCCCCCAUUGCCUCCGAUUGGUUGGAUGCCUCGUCUAACCGCGCCCACUCCACGCGGAGUGACGUCACGGUCUGGUCACCCAGCCCCUUGUGUUGGCGCAUGUGCAGUAAACAUUUUGGUUCCUGUUUCAGACCAUUUUCAGCAUCAGCGGGACUGAAUGAGAGUCUCUACUGUUACAGCACACUGUGUGUAAAGCCUGAAACAGUUAUACGGCCAGGAAAGAGGAAUUUACUGUGGGCAGGGGCCAUACAUGGGGAUGUAGCUGCGGCCAUGGUGAAACCAGAGGAAUCCCACACUGUGGAGAAACCGUGGAAGUGUUGCGACUGCGGGAGAGGCUUCCAUGCCCCAUCUGUCCUGGAGAUUCAUCGGCGAAGUCACACCGGGGAGAGGCCAUUCUCCUGCCCCGAGUGCGGGAAAGGCUUUACCUGCUCCUCCCGCCUGCUGGACCACCGCCGAGUACACACUGGGGUGAAGCCAUUCUCCUGCCCUGAGUGUGGGAAGGGCUUCACCUACUCCUCCCACCUGGUGGCCCACCAGCGCGUCCACGCUGGGGAAAGGCCCUUCCCCUGCUCUGAGUGUGGGAAGGCCUUCAGCAUAUCCUCGGACCUGCUGAAGCACCAACGGGUCCACAGAGGGGAGAGGCCAUUCAGCUGCCCUGAGUGCGGGAAGGCCUUCAGUGAUUCCUCUACCCUGCUGAGGCACCAGUGGGUCCACAUCGGGAAAAGGCCGUUCUCGUGCCCUGAGUGCAGGAAGGGCUUCACCCGCUCUUCCGCUCUGCUGACCCAUCUGCGAGUCCACACGGGUGAGAAGCCCUUUACCUGCCCCGAGUGCAGGAGGGCCUUCAGCAGGUCUUCCCACCUGCUGAGGCACCAGCGAGUCCACACUGGGGAGAGGCCGUACUCCUGCCUCCAGUGCGGAAAGUGCUUUACCCAGCCCUCCAACCUGCUGACCCACCAGCGGAUCCACACCCGCGAGAGACCGUUCUCCUGCCCCGAGUGCGGGAAGGGUUUUGCUGUUUCCUCUAACCUCGUGGCCCACCGGCGGGUCCACACGGGGGAGAGGCCAUUCAGUUGUCCCGAGUGCGGGAAGGCCUUCAGCAAUUCCUCUGCCCUGCUUAGGCACCAGCGUGUCCACACCGGAGAGAAGCCGUUCUCCUGCCCAGAGUGCGGGAAGGGCUUUACCCGCUCCUCCACACUACUGACCCACCAGCGGGUCCACACAGGGGAGGGGCCAUUCAGCUGCCCCGAGUGCAGGAAGGCCUUCAGCGAUUCCUCUGCUCUGCUGAAGCACCAGCGAGUCCACACCGGGGAGAGGCCCUUCAGCUGCCCUGAGUGCGGGAAGAGGUUUACGUUUUCCCGCAAUUUGCGGAAGCACCAACAGGGGCACCAGCGCUCACAACAGUCAGAUUCCACAGCUAACACUGCUGUGAGUUCCCCCCAGGACUGAUUCUCCUGACAGUGGGUGCAGUGGGAGAGUUGGUGCACUGUAUUUGUUUUCCGUUGGACUGCAACCCCACGGUGGCUCAGGGGUGGCAUGGUGACUCAGUGAUUAGCACUGCUGCCUCAUGGCACCAGGAACCAAGGAUCAAUUCCACCCUUGGGGCAACUGUCUGUGUGGAGUUUGUGGAGGGUAGGAGAAUGGAUGAGAUAAGAAACCGCUGCCUUUCUUGAGACAAGUCUCCCGGAGAGAACUUGCUGACUGAUUGUCUGAUCUACUGAUCCUCACAGUGCCCCAUUGCCCUCAGUUAACUGGAGGAGGUCCACACAGAUGUACCGAAGCCCCUCUUUGGACUGUGGAAGGAAACCUGUGCAGACAGGGAAAACAUGCAAACUCCACACAGACAGUUACCUGAGGCUGGAAUUGAACUUGGGUCCCUUAUGCUGUGAGGUAGCAAUGCAUAGCAGUGUGCUAUCCCAAUAUGUUAUAAAAUUUGAAUAAACCUACUAAGUUGGAAA